UCGAUUUAGCUUGGGAGAAAGCUGAAACAAUGAAAUGUGUGUCAACGAGGAGGUUAGUGACAGCUGUGUGUUUUGAUGGGUGUGUUAGUGUGUGGUUUAUGUCCGUCGUCCGUCUCCAGUUUAGGACUGGAGGAAGAUGAGGGAGCGUCUAGGUUCAGCUGAUAGUGGGAGUAAGAAGCUGAGUCUUGCAUAUUUACAUCAAUGCAAAAGCAAGAGACAAAUGGACAGGGCAAGAAAUGGAGCCCGAUAUUUUCGAAAUCCACCGCAGCCUCAUAUGUGUGUGCAAGAUUUUAUUCAUGGUUCUGAUCGACCAUGUUAUAUUAAUGUUAUGUCUUGGGUGAAAAUUGUGAUGCCACAUAACACAGAAGAUUCUAUACCUUUAUAUGGAGGUAUGCGAAUUCUUCCUGGGUCUUCCAGCCAGAGAGCACAAAAGAAGCAACCUCUCAUAUUUGCAGUGAUGGCAAAUCCUGAGAUUCUUAAAAUAAGUGGAAAGUCUGCAAAGAAUUUAUCGGAUCGUGAUGGUCUCAUUGAAGUAAUGCUGGAUUUUGUCGAGGCUAUGAAUCCAGACAUUAGGUUCAAACGGCAGUUCUCUGUACUGAAGGACAGAGAUCUGACUGGAGAACUGAAAGACAUUUGGCUGGCAGUACAUAUGAUGAGAGAGCGGGAGAGAAUGGAAGGUGUGAAAGGACGUGAUGUUGUAGGACCUGAGGGUGAAUGGUUGCAGGUUGCAUACGAGACAGAAGUGACAUUAACUGAAGAUAACCCAGGUGCAACCACAGAACCAGCUGUACAUUCUCGAGAGAAUCCCGCAAGAGAUACUCUUGCAGCUGAACAAGUUUCCAACGAAGAAUGGUUGUAUGUUUCUCGUGAAACUGAGUGUGCAGGUGGAAGACAUUUGGAGGCUGCAUCGUCAACAUAUGGGAGCAAGUCUAGACACAGAGAUGCUGACAAAAAUAUUAGUAACUCUCCACCACCCAAAGUAAAACAAAUAGAGAAUUGUCAUACUGGAAUGAAUGAAAAAUUGACUGACUGUUUCUCAGGUGUUGAUGCCACACGGCAGGUGCCCAACAGUUCAAGAACUACUGUGUGUAACUCAUCCGAAUCUCAGGGCUCGCACCAUACAUCGAAUGUUGUUCCUCAGAAUACACAUCAGGGCUUAAGCAAUAAGAAAUCUGAGUUUGAAGCGUCAGCAGCUAAUGCUCACAGUUACAAACCUAAUGAAUCUCCAGCAAAUGUAAUUCACCUUGAUCAUGAUUAUAAUUUAGUUAAGCCUUUUAAAGUGGAAGAUCGUAAUGAGAAAAGAUCUUGUAAGAAUGGGCAGAAGCGUGAUUAUCUGGUGCAUGAAAAAAAGAAAAGUUCAACAGAGAAGGUGCCACUAUCUGAGCGUGGUGAUUCAGAUAAACAUAAAAUAUGUGCAAAAACUGCAGAUGGAAGUGCUAGUCACCAUACACAGUCAGAUACUACUGAGAAGUUGUGUUCAGGGAACCCCACAGACUGUAGUUCUGUUAUUAAAUCUAAAAUUUCAAAACAUGAAUCACCUACAAACACAGAAAGAAAUGAACAUUCAAAAGAGAAUUUGUGUACGGGUACAGUGACUGUUUCAGUUCCAUAGUUGAAAUUAAGACAGGAAGUUUCAUAGUUGGCAGUAUGAUACAAUUGCCUCUUUUUAAUCAGUAUUUGUGCUUUAGAAGAAUAUCACCAGACAAAUAUGAAACCUACGUGUUGUUAGAGCUGUGCUUUUUGUAAUUAUGUAUAUAAAAUUUUAAAUUUAUAUGUAUUUGGUUUUGAAAUAAUGUUUACAGGUGAGUGGUAACAUGUUUAUAAGCUUUCUAAUUAGUCAAAGUGCUGAUCUACACCUGUUGUUGGUAUUUCAGUGUCUAUGACAGCAUUUAUUCAUUAAUACUACUCAGAAGAUAAAAUAGGAAUAAUCCAUGCUGAAUCCUACCUUCCAAUUUUAAUGACAAUUAAGUUCAUGUUAGUGGAAAAGUAGAUCAUCUAGCAGUUAGUGUGUCAACAUUAUUUACACCAUCACAUUCACAAUACCAGCAGAUGAAGGUAUGAUAUUGUAGCUGUUACUAGCUCUUAAGUGUAAUGUUGCACUGUCAUUUGUAUGUUGUUCACUUACAAAUUUCAUCAAGGAGGAAUUAUAUUAUCAAAUGUGCUUGGUUCCGAUAUAAAUGAUGAACUUUGUCAUAAAAUGUGUGAUAAAUCACUCUGAUGGCAGGUUACGUAGAUCAGUAUUGUGCAGCAACAUGAUUUGUAUUCUGUGAACAGAAACCUGAUACUGAAAGUGAAUUGUGCUUGUUUCAUAGAGAAUUGUUAAUACAGGCUGCAUUAGAGGGAAGACUGUGUAACUGUUUGUUUCUUGACUUAAGCUUAGCUGGAGACAUUUUGUUGCUACAGUGGUGAUAAAAAUUCAGUUGUUAUUCAUUCUGGUAAUACAGAAGACAGUCCCAUUUUUGGGAAAAGAUUGCCAUCUUGACUCUCACAAAUUAAUUUUUGCUGUCAUUAAGGGAGAUUUUAUUAACUUGAACAGAGCAUAGGAUGAAUGGCUAUUAUUCAAGAUGUUAUAUUAUUUGAGCAUUUUUGUCGUGUUUCCAGGGCUUUAAAAUUGAUUAGUAGUUGGUUUUCAUGAAAAUAGGUAAUGGUGCUUCAUAUUUGUGGCUGUUGUAAGAUUAGGCUUUGAUGCCCCAUUGAUGUGUGAUAAUUGAGGAUGGAGAAAUUUGAGGAGCAAGGGUGAAUUGAUCUCGGUACACUGAUUACAUGAAAAGAAAUAGUUUAUGAUGUACUCCAGUUGGUCAUGUGAUCUGAAACUGAUGAUUAUAAUUUGUCUGAUAUUGAAAAAAACUAAUAUUGUUACUUUAGAUGAUAACAUGUUGACUAAUGGGAAUAUAAAAUCUUUGAGCCACAGAUACUGUCCGAACACCAGUCCACUUUAUUCUCUCUUUGGUAAGAUAUAGCAUGAAGAUUCCCUCUCUAACAGUAGGUGAAAUAUAUAACUUGAUAACCAUAGUCUAAAACUUGUGGGUGCUUCUUGUCAUGACGCAUCAGAUGUGGCAUAAUGCUAUGGCGUAUUCUCUCACAUGUAAACACUGUAUUCCUAUUUGGAAUGUUUAGAUAUUUGUGUGCAGUUAAAAUAGAUGUUAGUGUCACAAUACAUUCAGGUUUCUGAAACACUGAGAAGUAAUAGAGGUGUGAAUCUUUUUACCCACUGUGAGGUGUACAUACACUAUGUGGGCAGACUGUGACAAGUUAAAACGAGAGGAAUAGAGAGUAGCUACGUUAAGUUGGAAGCUGAAGUGAGACCAUGAUGUGGUUGAGUGCUUCAGUUGGUAAGAGCACUACUUGUGAUACACACACAUCAGGGUUAAGAUUUACGUAGGAUGCUGUUUUUAACUCCUCACAUUCUGUAUGUGGCUUAGCAGUUUGGAUGUUAAGGGUAUUACUUAGAUUUCCUGUAUGUUGAAAUUGAUGGCUAUGCAGAGAUUUCACCAUGUUUAGUUUACGAAAAAAGUAAAAUCGAAGAUAUGCUUGGAUGUACCUUAACAUGUGUAAGAGAGGUACACAACUGCUCAUUGAGAGUUGUUUGACUGUCUCUGGCAUCUCUGAGUCUUUAAUGUAGCAUACUGAGAUAAAGUUAGUAUUAACUUGAUUUUUCAUCACAGGAUUAAUAUGCAUAAAAACUACAGUUUUAUGCAGAGUUCAAAAUAUUUUAAUGUUGUGUUCUGCAUUAUGUUAGAGAGUUUGUAAAAGCAUUGUAGGAUGUGAGGGUCCUUUUUCCACAAAUAUUUGGCAAAAACUGAAGCUGAAGCUGUGCUGAACUAAGUAGUCCAGAGACGUACUUUUUAUAGGAUGUGCUUUUUAAAUUGCCACACAUAAGUGAGCCUUACAAAACAAUUCAGUGCAUCAGCUUAUCACUGGCUACUCUUCAUUUCCCCCAAACUCCUUAAGGCGUCUUCCUUUAUUGGCCUGGGGCUGUCAACUGCAGGAGAGUCUGUGGUGAAGUCACUCCACUACAUCCAUUUUUCUCAAGCUGCUGGAUGUGGAAAUGGGCAGUCUGUGGCAAACUGAAGCUUUUUGUAGGUAUGUGAAGUUCAUUAGGGUGACCCAAUUGGAAGAGUCCUGUGCAGGUUCAAGAUUAAUUUGAAUGCACAGUUCUAACUUGUCAUAUAUGGCCUAUUCAAAAUUCCCACUACCAAGAGUAAAAUAAUUCCAUCAGCCUUAAUUUCAUCAUUAAAGGUAUACAGGCACAGUUGUUUUUUCCUAAAUUCUUGGAAGUGUACAAAGUAAUAACAUGUUCAGUUGCCACCAUUAGCAAUUCAUUACUGUGUAUGUGUUUUGAUUGCACCCAGCUAAAUUUAAAUCUUAUGUAGAUUGUUAUUUCAUACAUUCUUAAUUUCUGGAGAGAGUGGCAAAUUAGUGCAGACUUAUGAUCCCAGGCAAUUGUUAAACUGAGUUAAGAGUAAAUGUCACAAGAAAAUGUUAGGAACUGAAAUAGUAUUACUAUCCAGUUGAAACCAAUGGAAAACUUCAGGUGCCUCAGUCAAUACUAGUACUGAGCUGUGUACAAUUACAAUCUUUACAGAGAUGACAUGAGUGAAAUAGUGUAUCUGUACUGACUGUUCUCAACUACUAGUCCUCCCCUAUACCCUCCCCUUAUACCAGCACACCUCACAAGCACAUGUAUUUGGCAUUUCAGGUUAUUGUCAAAGGAAGUCUUAGAAUCUGAGUGUUAGAUGAAUUGCUUUUAGACCACUUUUGUUCAGUAAUUGGGGCAAUUAUUUUUUAUGAGACAUCUUUGUGUGAAGAGGGAUGAUUAUGUUAUGGGAAUUUGUUCAAUUUCUACAUCCAAUAUAGUUUUAUUAACAUUUAUGGAAAGAUUUUGUUGUUACUAUAUUGCUUAAUAUUUGUAUGGUAGAUUAUGAAUUUGUCCUGUUGCUACUGUGUCUGUGUGUGUGUGUGUGUGUGUGUGUGUGUGUGUGUGUGUGUGUUUUCUUUUAAUAACUCAUAUUUUUGGUUCCCUUCAAAAUAUCCGUUAUUUUUUUAUGAUGGUUGCUCUUACCUCCCCCCCCCCCCCCCCCCCAACUGCCACCAUAAACACCUUCAAAGUGUAUCCUCCUCAUAAUUUACUAAGAAGC